CAUUAUAAUAUAGUAUAUAAUCGUAAUUUAUAAUUAUUUUUUAGUUAUAAGUAUAAUAAUUAAGCUUAUCCGAGUACUUAGAUGUAAAUUGCAAUUUACAAAUGUGUUCGAUCGUGACGUGUCCUGGAAAAUUCUAAUCACAGUUGGGUCAACAAAUUAAAAUUAGUUUCAACUGAUCGUAAUUAUAAUGUCUUCCGACCAUCCAACCACCGGAAAUCCGGUUGAUCACGUCAACCGAAAGUACCCCGAAGUCUUGGCCUCACGGCCUGGACGACUACGAUGAGCCCUCCAGUUAAUUCGUCUGAUAUGUUGGUAUCAUCACAGACAACCACAGAAUUCAUAAAUAACAACCAAAACAACAACAACAACUACAACGACGACUACGUCGACGAUCCUUGUGAAAAACCGGCAUUAACCACCGAAGAACUGGCGCUGUUAGCGAAACUCGAGGAAGCCAAUCGGCUCAUCGAGUCGGAUUCAAAAUCGCUCAAUUCCAUAUCUAACAAUAGCACACAUUCCAGAAAAAGUUCCGAUGCAUCACAAAUCUCACUUGUGUCUGGUACAGGCUCAAGUCAAGAUGGCGAGGAAGAUGUAUGGGGUCUUUGGGGACAAGUUGUUAAUGACUGGGAGAGUUAUAACAAGAAAAAAAAUGCUUACCUCAAGGAAUUAGUUAGAAAAGGAGUACCUCACCAUUUCCGAGGAAUCGUAUGGCAGUUAUUGUGUGGCGCUAAUGAUUCACCAAUCAGAAAACAAUAUCCAGAAUACAUCAAAGCCACGUCGGCAUGUGAAAAAGUCAUUAGGAGGGACAUUGCACGUACCUAUCCUGAACAUGAUUUUUUCAAAGAAAAAGACGGGCUUGGACAAGAAAGCCUAUUUAAUGUCAUGAAAGCGUAUUCAUUACAUGAUCGUGAGGUGGGCUACUGCCAGGGUUCAGGAUUUAUAGUCGGGUUAUUACUAAUGCAAAUGCCUGAGGAAGAAGCAUUUGCUGUUUUUGUAAAGAUAAUGCAAGAUUAUAAAAUGCGAGAUAUGUUCAAACCAACCAUGGCUGAACUUGGUCUAUGCAUGUAUCAAUUAGAAAAUUUGGUUCAGGAUCACAUUCCAGAACUUUAUGUACAUUUUCAAUCCCAAAGCUUCCAUACUAGUAUGUACGCAAGUAGUUGGUUUCUGACAUUGUUCACCACUGCACUUGCAUUACCUACUGCUUGCAGGAUAAUUGAUGUUUUUCUGUCUGAAGGAAUAGAAAUAAUAUUUAAAGUGGCUUUAGCAUUGCUUCAAUUAGGUAAAGAUGAUCUCUUAUGUUUAGAUAUGGAAGGAAUGCUUAGAUUUUUCCAGAAAGAAUUACCUUCUCGUGCUAAUUCUGAUACUGAUGGUCUAAUGGCACAAGCUUUUACCAUUAAAUAUAAUGUUAAACGCAUGAAAAAAUUAGAAAAAGAAUAUACAGCUUUUAAGAGUAAAGAACAGGAAGAAAUGGUUGAACUCAAGAAACUUCGUACUGAAAAUCGCUUGUUAAGACAAAAAGUUGAACUACUAGAAGCUGAGUCUAGUGAACUUGCUGGUCUGUUAGUAAGAGGUCAAGUAUCUCGUGCUGAAGAAGAAGAAACAACAUUUAUUGUACAACGAGAAUUAACUGCUUUAAGACAUACACAUUUAGAGACAUCUCACGCUCUAGAAAAUGCUUUGGACGAAAUUAAACAAAUGUCUAUUUUGAUAACAGAAAAUCACAACUCUUGUCAAUCAUCUCUGGAUGAGCUUUCGAUAAAACAAGAACAGUUAUCACUUAAAGAAGAAAUGAUCAGUGAUCUUCAAGAAGAAUUGGUCAAAGUUAGAUUACGAGAUGCUGAAAACGAGGCUGCAAUACGUGAUCUAAAAGAUAAAAUUGGAGAAUUAGAACAUGACAAGAAAACUCUUCGAGAAUCAGUCGUAGACAAUUCAGUUGCACAUCUUCAAGAAGAAUUAAUUGCUGUGAAAUUGAGAGAAGCAGAAGCCAAUUUAUCUUUAAAAGAUCUCAGACAACGAGUAAAUGAAAUCAACUCUCAAUGGCAAAGGCAUUUACUAGAUAAAAAAAGGAUCGACCCACCUCCUGCGCCUGAUUCAACACCCAAAAAAAUCGGUAAUCUAUUAAACUGGAACAAUGCAGAAACUCAGCGGCUUGAAGAAGAACUUAUGACUUCUAAACUUCGAGAAAUGGAGACUUUGGCUGAAUUAAAAGAACUAAGAUUAAAAGUCAUGGAACUAGAGACACAAGUCCAAGUAAGUGGAAAUCAAUUAAGAAGGCAAGAUGAUGAUAAUAAAGCUGUGCGUGAACAGUUAGAAUUAGCUGAAACUAAACAAAGAGAUAUAGUAGCAAAACUUAGGGAACAACAGAAUAAGUAUACUGACUUAGAAUCUAAAAUGAAACAUGACAUGAUUUCAUCAAGGAUACGAGAAGCUGAGCAUGCUCAAAUAGUGGCAGAAUUAAACCAAAAAAUUUCAAGAUUAGAAGUUAAAAAUGAAGAAAUGGUAACUGAAGGUGAACUUCGAAAUAACUCAUUAGACGACAGUGAUAAAGUCAAAGAACUUCAAGAUAAGGUUGCUGAUCUUAAAGCAGAACUGCUCUCACCGACCACACCAGAUGUUGAACCAUGGAAAUGGUUAGGCUGACACAGUUAUGCGACUUGAAGCAUGGAAACAACGUUGGGUGAACAACGGCAACACUAUCGGCAAGACUGAGAGGUCAGCAUCAGUAGAUACUACUGAGAGUGAAAUAGAUGACUCAGCAGAUCUGCAUUUGCGGUUGUCUAAUUGAACCUGUUUCCUAUCAUCUGUCCUUAAUAACAAAGUUAUAUUAUUGACAAAAAAAUACCCAAGUACAUUCUUUUUUUAAUUAUUUUAUAUUUUAAUUUCCAUU